AUGGGAGCCAAGUUUGGCUAUGGCCUGCUGUUGCCACUACUGGCAACAUCCGUGAACCUUCGUGCAUCUCUCGAAGGUACGCAGAACUCUUCCAGCACUGCGCCAAAGUGCAGCGCAUGGCCGUGUUCAAAGGGCUAUGUGCUAAAGCCUGGGCGGGGCGCGAUCCCCGGCGCAUCUGACCAGGUAUGCUGCGAGAAGACCUGCAGUUUGUUCAAUUGCAGCGUUGGCUAUGUGGCCAAUGAAGCCUACAUCCACAACACAGGUUUCACAGACACGCAGUGCUGCGACAAAGCGUGUGGAGCUGCGGAGGCUGAAGGCGCCUUCAAGUGCAACGCGAGUCAAGCAGUCGGCCAUCCCUUGAAAGCAGGCACGUCUCCGGCGGAAUGCUGUGAAGAUAUCUGCGAGCUGCACAAGUGCGGUCCCUUAUGGGUUCCAAAUCCGGAAGCGGCAUCGCUGCCCGGAAACACGGACGAGAAGUGCUGCUUGCCCACCUGCGGACAGGUGAGAUGUGAUCCUGGCUACAUCUAUGACGAGCCCAUGAUUGAAAAGCCUGGCACCACGAAAGAGCAGUGCUGCGUCAAGUCAUGCGAGCUUUUCAAAUGCGAUGCUGCUCAUGGCUUUAGCAUCCCUGAGAAGAAGAAAUCCCAGAAAGCCACUUCGGCAGAUGACUGCUGUGAGCCCCAGUGUCGCCACCACGAAUGUGGACCUGGUUGGCUCAAAGAUGUGAGCAAGGAUGAUCAGUUUGACCCUUCGGAUGAAAAAUGCUGCAUACAGCAGUGCGCGUCUUUCCAAUGUCCGAAAGGAUGGCAGCCUGAUGCGGCAAAAAAGGACAAGAUCAGCAGCUCGAAAGAUGUCUGCUGCGUGCCUCCAUGCUCUCUCCACACCUGUGAUGCGGAUGCUGGCAUGGCAAACGCCGGCGAUGGCGUUUUCGGAAGAACCGACGCUCGCUGCUGCAAGGAGACCUGCGCCAAGCAGACUUGUUCGCCGCCCAAGAUUGCUGCGGCAAUCCGAAUCGCCAGCUUUCCGAAGUCUGAAGACCUCUGCUGCGAGCCUGAAGGCUGUGGAGAAUUCCGAAAGCUCAACAAGCUAGGAGAGGGCGCAAAUUGCAACUCGCUGUCGAAGGACGACUGUGACUCAAGCUAUGGGGCCUAUUUCUCCAAAGAGAAUGGCAAGAACGUAUCCAGAUGGGUCCAAGCCUUUAGAGCGGAUCGUCGUUGCUGCUUUUGGUUGUCGGAGCUCGGAGCUCAGGUGAGAUGUGUUUUCGACAACGACUACGGCGGCCUCUGUCGCCUGGACUCGACAGGCGAGAAGGAGCAGAAAGGCUGCGCCAGCCGCAGAGCCUCGCAGAGCAUCGCUUCAAUGUCCCAGCUGAGGCGCGGGCGUUGCCUUCGAGACGGCCUGAGAAAAUUGGCUGUCUACGAGACGUCCUGGCUGCGGAACAUGCAGUACGACCUCGAAGGGGCUGCAAAGGCUGCCGAAGACUUCGAUGCGGUCAAAGAGCUGCAGGACUUCAUUGAGUCCGCGGUGAAGGAAGUCGGUGCUGGACCGUCCGCAAGCGCUCUUGUGGCCUUGCCUUUUUUCCAGCUCGGCAAAGCCCGCGAACCGCGCAAGGUGACACCUGAACUGCAGCAGCUUGCGCAGGUCCAGCAGCACAUUCGACAGCUGAUGGACGAAAUGAGUCCUGUGAUAUCUUCGAUGCUGGAAGGACCUGAAGGGGAGCAGGCUGAAAGCCUCAGCCGGCGCGUCACUGAGUGGCGGCCGCGGGCCGCCUUUUGCCAGGUCCUCCGCACUGCAGUCAUGCGAGACGACCCGCAGGGCACAGAACUGGACGGCGCAGCCGGGAAGAAUCUCAGCCCUCGAGCGUUCGAGGCGCUUGCAGUGUGCUUCAAAGCUGCGCUGGACUCUUCGGAUGAGCAGAGUGAUGCGUGGUGCGGUCGCGACUUGAUGGUGUUGGCCCAGUUGUAUAGAACUGACGAUGAGGACGGCAAGCAGGUGUCCCUGCUUUCCCGUGUUUACAACCACGCGCUGUGGAACAAGGUGACCUUUUGGGAGGAAGUCUUGCUGCUGUCCUUGUGCGAGGCUUACGCUGCGGAAGCUGUUUGGCGGCGAUCUGUGCCAGCAGGCAGCCAGUUUAGCAAGCCCGCGAUGACGAGCUUCCUGCAGCGCUUCGUGGGAUACAUGAUGGCCUUCGGCAUCAGCUUUGAGCAGGGCAGGAGUUCGGUCACCAGCACCCUCCGCAAGAGCCAUGCCUUCCUCGGCCAGCAGACGGUCCAACUGUACGGCCAGCUGCUCUUGUCGGCUUACGAGGUGGCAACGCCCCAGGGCACGGCGCCGGGCCCGGGCGAACUCAACUUGGCUGUGCUCGAGGCACCCCCCUGCGCAGCUCCUAAGUCGACAGAGGCCUGGUCCUCACCAGAGGACGACUUCGAGGCUGUUGCUCUGGGCGUGCAGGCAGACUUCACGUCGGAAGGCCGCCAGAUGGGAGAGAUGACACCAUCGUCUGCGCCAGAGGACUCUAGACUCUAG